AUGGGUGUGCAAUGUCUUAUUUUACACUGGCACUCGGAAUCGCCCAAGACUUACCCCUUCGGAUGGCUGCGAACGACUGCCCGCUGCUCAGCAAUCAGCACUAUUGACGCGGCUGGAAUGCCGUCGAUACCGAUGACUGCCGACACGAUAGCGCACCGAACGCAAAGCAUCCGUGGCGAUGAUAGCUCAGGGCAUCACUGCCAAGAGCUGUAUGAUGGUCGCUCCGAAUGCUGGAAUAUGCAAUGUGAUAUUCUGUUCCAGGCGUACUCAACCCCCACAAUGGGUACAAUGGUGUUUUUGCAAUCGACGGAGGGAACGGUAGAAGAAAGUAAUGAUGAUUUCUUCAGCAAGUUUCAGUUUGCGUUGAUAGUGUCUCUAGGGCGAGACAAGGCGUCAAGGGUAAAGGGCGAAAGCUUAGAUUUCACGGACGGCUUGUACCGGCCAAACUUAUGGCCGACAGAAACACCAAAACCCCAGCAACCCAAACCGGAACCGUAUUUCGUGACGUCAGCCUCGAAAAACGCGACCGUGCGUCAAGGUGAUCCAGUGUUCCUCAGCUGCACGGUGGAAAAUCUCGGUUCCUAUACGGUGUCCUGGAUCCGGCACAAUGAUCUGCACAUAUUGACCGUGGAUCGGUACACAUAUACGGCCGAUCAGCGCUUUCAGGCGUUGCAUAACAACGAAACGGCCGAAUGGAUCCUGAAUAUUAAGUGGACCGAACGGAAAGACACCGGCAUUUACGAGUGCCAAGUGUCAACACUGCCGGUCAAGAGUCUGCCGCUCUAUUUGAUUGUACUGGAUGAGUUCGAUUUAGUACGUAGACAAGACGACAUCCUAUACGAUUUACCGAUACCACCCAGUUUGUCUGAGACGAUAAAAACUCAUACCGGAGGAAAUGGGUACGGAACCAGUAGUGUCAGUAAUCAGAACGGAGACAUCUACAAUCGAAUGUACGCCGAUAGAGAUUAUUUAAACUUAGCUGCUACGACGCAAAUCCUCGAGGGAACCAUUGUUUAUGCUUAUAAAGGAGAAAAUCUUAAUCUCACUUGCAUCGUGAAUCAUAACUAUGAUCGACGGCCCAGCCACGUGAUUUGGUAUCAUCAAAAUGAUAUCGUGUCAUACGAAUCACUUCGGAAACGGGAUAAAUCUCCACCGAACAGUAUCACGUUGCAUCAUCAGAUACAAAACGUUGAUUUUGAUGACGCUGGCAACUACACGUGCGCACCGGAACUGUACGGCAGCGCCAGUACGAUCGUUUAUAUUUUAGACGGUGAUGAAGUACAGGGUGCGAUAACCAGUAACGGUGGAAGUGGAAACCCCCGAGUUACGACACUGACCGUAACAGUAGCUAUCAUCCUAAGUUUGUGCAUAUUUUACUAUCAUCCUGAUAAAGCUGGAUGA